AUGGCAAGUUCAAAGCCGGCCAACACCGACUCCGCGGAAGCCUUGCACGGACUCCUCAACGAUGUGCUGAUUCAAACUGGCAAGGCAUUGAAGUCCCAGAAUAGGGAAGGUAGGUCUCAGGCUCAGGCUCAGAUUUCGUUACAAUCAAAGCUGCCGGAGAUUAUUGAGACAUUUCACUGGAAGCUGGACGACCUGGAGAGUGAGAUAAUGAGGGCAAAGGCGGCGUUGCAAAGAGACCUGGACCGGUUCCGGCAACAGAGACAGCCCGUGGAGCAACCCGUACCGAUAGAGGCACAGACAAAAUCCCCCAUCGCCAUCGGCCUCGACUCAUCGUCUCGGGAGGUGUCCCCCGAGAACAAGGCCUUGGUCACAGAGGCCACGGGCCCGCACCGCGUCCCCGCAGAACCGAGCGCAGCUCCAUCGAUGGCUCCGUUCCCCGACAUGGGAGUCAGCUUCCAGCCAGAACCGGAGCCGGAGCCGGAGCCUCCAGUGAAGCAGGAGGCAGCCCCCGCACCGCCGGCCAUAAUGGUGCCCAUAGGCGAAGUUAAGGCGGAGCCGAACCUUACCCCUCCGACAUCGCAGCCCCAACCCUCAGGCGCUCCGGAGGCGCCGAUGGAUGAUAUGUUCAACCUCGAUGGCGGCGGCGGCGGCGGCAAUGAAGCAAACGAUGCCGAGUUCCACUUCACGGACAUGACGUUCAGCCUGGCGCCGGCCAACAACGAUCCACAGCCCCAGCCUAGGGCACAGGAAGCGCCGAUGGACAUAUCGUUCGGCUCGAGCGACAUGGGAGGCGACCUCCUGUCACUCGAUAACCUGCUCCCUCCAGACAACAACGCUUCGAAGCAGGAACCGGAAGCCCGAGCCAUCCCUGCGCCUCCCACAGCCGUAGCCGCUGCGCCAACUACAGCAGCCAAUCAACAGAAGCCCGCGGAGGCCAAGAUGGAGAGGCAGGACUCGAGCCUGGACGAACUGUUUGCCCUCAACGGCAACACGGGCAUGGAUGACAUGGACCUUGACAUGAACAUGGGAGGUGAAGGUGGGGAAGGCAACAACUUUGACGACAUGAUGUUCUUCGACGAUACAGAGAUGGAACAUGGCAAGUUCGACGAGGACUUCUUUCAGAUUCAGUAG